AUGGAAUCAAUAUUUCAGAGAGAGACUUUAGUCUCGGCAGCAUUCCGAACAACAACAAAUCCAGUUUUCACGCAAACCAUCAUCGGAAAGAAGUCGGCAUUGUCCGAAGAUGUCGAGGAAUUCCGUGGCAUCCCUUACGGCUACGUGAGCAGAAGAUGGGAGCAUUCCCGGCUGAGGGAUCGAUUGCCUAACGAGGUGUUCGACGCCACAAAAAAUGGUCCCAAGUGUCCUGCGGCAGGGAUACCCAAUUCUCGAUCGUUUCAGUCGUACCUGCCUUACCCGAGCGAUGAUGAGGACGAAUUUGCGUGUUUGAACCUUUUGGUGGUCCGACCAAGCCCGGAGGCUGUGGCUAAGAUCUCCGGCACUUCUCGACUGGUGAAGAUACCUGUCAUGGUGUGGAUUCACGGCGGUGGUUUUGCAGAUGGGUCAUAUAGCGACCCUGUUUGUGAUCCCUCACAGCUUGUACGCCGAGCUCUUGCUAAGGGCACGCCUUUCAUCGCAAUUGCCAUGAAUUACCGUCUUAACAUCUUCGGCUUCGGCGCCUCAUCCACGAUGCUUGGGACGCAAGAUUCUGAUGGCUCUGUCAAGGGUGUCAACUUCGGCCUUUACGACCAGAAAGUCGCCCUUAUCUGGAUCAAACAUCAUGUUGGCGAGUUCGGCGGUGACCCUACCAGAAUUACCAUUAUGGGCCAAUCUGCUGGAGCAACAUCUUGCCACGUUCACUUGCUCGAGGCUGAAGGGAGCUCUCGAAAGCCGUUAUUUCAGAAGGCUGCCUUAAUGUCAGGGGCUUUUGGUGGACUUGAUGUGUCGCUCAUCGAGAAGGCGGAUGAGCGCUGGGAGAAACUCUGUCAAUGGCUCUCGUUGCACGAACUAAGCCCAACGGAUCGUCUGGAAUCACUUAGGACCGUUCCCGUCCAUGAAUUGCUAUACGCCGUAUCUAAGCUUUGUUGGAGGUUUUUCACCCUCAUCAUCGACGGCUUAACCAUCAGACAGACUGAUUCAAACGGCAACGUCUCCAUACAUCUUGGGCACGAUGACUGGGACACACAUCUCAAGGACAUCGGGGACGACGUCCAAGUUCUGUUGGGUGCUACGGCUCAAGAGUUUUACGGCUUCGUCCGUAUGGCCAACUGGACCUUGGAGGAUUUCAACACACUAUUCAGACCGUCUUUUCCAUCGCAGGGAGUGGCUGAGAGAAUCGCAAAAGCAUAUGGCAUUGUACGCACCUCCCCUAACGAGUCGAUUCAAGAAGGACUAGUUCAAUUCAUCUCUGACGCAACCAUGACGUACACCAAGACGUACCGCGCCGGGGAACUGCUGAAGGCCCGUCGUGGCGUGCGACAGAGGGCGUCCGGGACGAAUGCUAGAUGUGCCAGGAUCCAGCAGUAUCAUGUGGAAUUAGGUAAUCCUUUUCUCGGCCCGAUGCACAGGAUUGCACAUCACGGGGUGGACUUGAUCUACUCAUUUGGUAACUUCGAAGCCGCCUUGGAGAAUUGCGACCGCGGUACCCCGGGAGGCUACGUCGAGCCCGGCUCAGAUGGGCCGGGACAUACUCCUAACCAACCGACUACUGCUCUAAUACAUCCCCCGACGAAAAUGGGCCGCCAGCAAGGUCACAAAUCACACGUGGAAUUGAGUCGCGAUAUGCAAGACGACCUCGUUGAUUUCAUUGUGGGAGGGCCGUGUAAUUCCGAUGGUUGCGGACAUGACGAUCAAACGAAAUUUUACUGUUCUGAUCGAUCAGUACGCGUGGGAAAUUGGAUCGACAGCGAGGUGUGGAAUACGAGAAAGGAGAGAUACGAUGCUUUGGGGAGUGAUGUUAUUUCCAUGGUUACCGCCUCCAAGAAACUCGUUGGGAGUGUCUUGAAUAUGCCAUUGGAAUAG